AUGGGAAGGGCCGCUAUUGUGUUAAUAUUGCUCGUCGUCAUCAGCUACUGUAACGACGUCGCGCAAGCGCUUAGUCAUAGUAAGUUGGGAGAGGUUUUGUGUUUUACAAUGCUGUUUGAGUAAGGAUUUAUACGUUCGUAGUUUGAGUACUGUAUGAAGAAAAAAUCGGCUAAAAAAUGAAAAUUUAUAGUUUUUGAGAGAUGAUUGAAAGUGCUGUUUAAAAACUAAAAUUUAAAAAAUUUAGAGUUUCCAUCAGCUUCUGAGCUUCAUUCCCGAUCUCGGAGAGCAACCAAGGGCCAUACAAACAAUGAAAACGACAAUGAUGAGCAAAAGCACGACCAGAACGGUCAAAAGAACGAACAGAAUCGCCGAAAUAACGACCAAAACAAGCAACAGAACGACGAAAACGACCAACAGAGCGAUGAAACUCAAAAAUCGUCAGAUAAUGACUUUUCGAAAUGGGGACCAUCAAUGGAAAUCAGCAAGAACCAGAAUGGCAAGGCGGUAGUCAAAAUUGGUCAUAUUGGUGCCAUUGGAGCUCUGCCAAAUAAAGAUAAGGUCUUGAAUGUCAGCCGUCUGCAGUUGAUAGAAGAAGGGAUACUGGGUGAUGACUUAGACUUCGAAAUCACUUCCCAAAUGGGCUGUGGAGAGGCUUUUGAAGGGGUUGCUGUCGCGGCUCAAAUGUACCAUGCUGAAGGUGUUAGGGCUUUUAUUGGGCCUUAUUGUAAUACAGGUAGGUAAAGGAGAGAGAAAGACAAAAAAAAUAAUUUUUUCAGAACUCGACGCCGUUGGCAAAAUGGGAGCCUUCUGGAACAUCCCCGUGAUAGCCUAUAUGCCAACCACAACAGCAACCUCUGACCGUCGCAUUUUCAAAACCUUGGCCAGAACCUCGUCGAAGAACGUUAAUGCCUUGGCCAAAGCUGUGAUAAGCCUAGUUGGACAUUAUAAUUGGCUUCGAAUUGCUGUUGUAACAAAUUCUGGACAAUUGGCUUAUGAUCGUGUUCAGGCUUUUGAAGAAGAGCUUAGACGAACUAAGAUUACCGUCAGUAAGAAGGUCAUGUUUGAGGAGUAUGCCAAGUCAGAAGACAUGGUCAAGGAUCAGCAGAUGCAGGAACUUUCGAAUUCUGCUAGAAGUAAGUGGGGGUUGGGAGUGGGAUGGCAUGGGUAAACUGUAAAGGGAAUAUCGAUCUUUUCUUAACCUUCCUUUGUUGAUUUAAAAAAAUUUUUUUAAUCUUUAACUCCAAUUUCAGUAAUUGUCUGCAUCUUCUCGGAAACCCGUGACAUGACUCGUGAAUUCAUGCAAGCCACAGUCAAAAUGAACAUGAACAACCCAGAGUACGUGUACAUUUUGCCAUGGCUGCAGAACGGCCCAAAGGACGCGUUGCCGUGGAUUGGCAAGUCUGGUGAGAUGCUUCAGCAAGUAAAAGAUCAUUAUGCAAAUGCGAUUAUCGUCGAUGACGCGAACGGCUUCGACGAUGCCCUUCUUAACGGGUUUAUCGAACGUGUUGGAAACUACGGCCUUAGCGUGGAUGAUCUGGAUAGAGUACGUUGGGUGUGGGCGAGGGAAUUGGGGCGGAUGGGUGCUAUAAAUAAAAAAACUUAAAAAAUUUUGAAAAUGAAGAAAAUGAAAAAAAAAAUGUUUAGUAAACCUACAAUAUGCCUAUUUUACAAUUUAAAAUUAUGUUGCAACAUGUUGUUGUUGUUUUACCCUUUUAGUAGUUCAAAACUGUUUUGCGUAUAAGAUGGCCAGAAGCUAGGGCGCCGCCUGAAAAUCAGAAAAACUUCAGUUUUUGACAACAACUGGUCGAAUAACGCUGUUUUUUUACAGAUAAUAAAACAUAAAACAAGUUUUUUAAUAAAUAUAAUGAAUAUUCUGUUCUAGAGUGACAUUUUUGGCUAUCUGAACUUGUACGACUCUCUGAAACUCUAUGGAUUGGCGGCGCGGAAAGUCUUCACGGCUAAUGGCAACAAUGCUACAACAAUUACUGACGGCCGAUUGAUUUGGAACGCCAUGAGAAAGGUCAGCUUUCAAGGUAAGUCAUUAAUUCUCAUUUUUGUUUUGACAGAAAUGGCGGUUUUUGUAAAAUACGGAUUGAACGAAUCAUUCUUCAUAUUUUCCACCUAAAACAAUAUUAUUCGAUCUAAAACAACAACAAAACCUUUUAAAAACUAAGGAAAACUUACAAAAAUAGGUAAUAAACAGUGUAGAAAACAAUUUUCAGGAAUUGGUACUUCUAUAGGUGCAACUGGAGCCGUUUUAAUGGACGACCUGGUGGAUCGAGCGCCAGUUUUUGCUGGAUUUUAUGUCUCGCCGAACAAGGAAAAACCGUUGAAAAUUGUCACUAUGACGUCUUUUAUGGUAACAAAUUGUGAUGGACUUGUGAACAGAACAGGCUGCUUUGAUUUGGUAUGUUUUUGAUCAAUGAAGCGUUUGGUUUUGAUCAGAUAUAGGCUUUUUAUCAUGCGUAAUAUCAAUAUGUGCUCCAUCAUUUUUAUUUUAAAAAAUUUGAUGGUGUUUUGAAUAUUUUGGGUUUAAAACAAGCUUAAUAUUGUUUUUUAAUAUCUUUUUAAUAUUUUUAUAUAAAAAUGAGCUUCAAAUCAAUUUUAGAAAUUGGCCGACGUGAUGACUGGCUUCUGGCCAUCGGAAAACGGUUCAUUGCCUUCAGAGGAGCCUUACUGCGGUUACAGAGGUCAACGAUGUUCAUAUACGAUGGAAAUUGCUAUAGGAUCUUCGGCUUUAUCAUUGAUAAUCAUAUUCUUGGUGAUUUUCUUGGUCUACAGACAUUGUCAAACAAGAGCUUUGAAUCGAAUGCCAUGGAGAAUAUUGCACGAGGAUUUGAGACUUAUUGACGAUGAUCAGGCCAAGAGUUUGGUGGGUUGAUUUUAAGUGUAAAUAACGGGGUUUGUCUUUAAACUAAUGAUAUAUAUGUUAGAACUUUAAUAGACAGUUCAAUAUAGAUAUUUUAGGUAACAAAACGUGUACAAUUUGCUUUCUUAACCCUAUUCUGUAUAACUUUAGACCAAAAACUAAUUUUUAAACUGUUUUAGUUGUCGUUGGGCAGUGCCAAUACAAAAUUGAGUAACUUGAGCAUUGGAAUGAAGAAACAUGCCAUUCUUGGAGUGAAUACACAUGCUACUUAUCAUAAGUAUGUUCAACGACGUCCAAUCAAGUUUAAUCGAGCUGAUCUGGCUUUGCUUACUCAGGUAGUCAUAUUUUAUGGCUAUAUAUAAAUUAUAUUAGGUUUUUCGAAUAAUUCUGUGCUUCUACAAUGUUGCAUUAUUAGGAGGCACUGAAUUAUUUGAACGACCUAAUAAAACUAUAUUUUGAAUUUUUUAAAAUAAUUUUAAUUGAAAAUUCAAAAAUUCCAGAUGAAACAAGCCAUCCACGACAACCUAAACCCUUUCCUUGGCAUGGCCUUCAACGAACGUGAAGAGAUGUUGGUCGUUUGGAAGUUUUGCUCACGUGGCACAGUCCAAGACCUCAUCUACAAUCGUACUAUGGCAUUGGACGAGAACUUCCACGCCGCAUUCGUACGCGAUAUAACACUAGGCUUGGAGUAUCUUCAUUUGUCUCCAAUCGGAUAUCACGGCUCUUUGUCACCGUGGUCUUGUGUUAUCGACCGAAACUGGGGUGUGCGAUUGACUGAUUUUGGUAUUUCGAAUCCGUUGGAGCGGUGGGAGAAACAGGGGUUGAUUUCCAUUGUUAACGUUCAAUCUGAUGAUGAUAAGAGUCAGGCGGCUCAGAGAACGUGUAAGUUAAGGUUAUUGAGUUAAGAUUAUACUUUCUAUUAGACUGUUGUAGGUAUAGAGAGGCUUGUUCUUUUAAACAUGUUUACUUUUUUUGUAGCUGCUUUGUACAUGGCUCCAGAACUCCUGAAAAACCGUCAGAAUAACAAAGAUCGUCGUAUGGAGCAAAACUGGGUAGCUCAGAGCUCAUCACGGCGUCAGAGUGGAGAUAUCUAUAGUUUUGGCAUGGUAAUGUAUGAGAUUCUAUUCCGUGCUUUACCAUUUCCUGAAGGCACUGAUAUCAAUGGGUUGGUCGAUGCUAUUGCUGAUGGAUCUAGACAUAUCAAGCCGGUCGUUCAGGAUGAAAUGAAGAUUCAUCCAGAUUUGGCUGCUUUAUUGAUUGAUUGUUGGAGCAGUAACCCGGAGAUACGACCUAGUAUAAGGAGGGUGAGGUUGAACACUGAAAUGUGCUUGAAAACGUAAGUUUUUGAAGUUUGAAGUCGAAAUUUAAAAAAAAAUUAACAAUAAGCUUUUAGAAAAGGAAGUUUGGUAGACCAAAUGAUGCGAGUAAUGGAGCAAUAUGCCAACAACUUGGAGAAGAUAGUCAAGGAACGUACUGGAAUGUUGGAAGAAGCCAAUCUAAAAGCGGAUCGUCUACUAAACCAACUUCUACCUCAAUAUGUAGCCAACGAACUCAAAGUCGGCCGUCCAGUACCACCAAAACUCUUCUCCUCGGCUACUGUAAUGUUCAGUGACAUUGUUGGCUUCACAACACUAUGUUCAAGCUCAUCUCCUCUUGAAGUUGUCAACCUUCUGAAUGGAGUCUACAGUGGCUUUGACGAAUGCAUUCAACGUAAUGGUGCAUAUAAAGUGGAGACCAUUGGGGAUGCCUACAUGGUGGUAUCUGGGAUUCCAGAAGAGAAUGGCACACGUCACGUCAUGAACAUUGCUGACAUUGCACUAGAGAUGAGGAAGUUCCUGACAACCUUUGAGAUUCCUCAUAAAAAGAAUUCUCGAAUAAAAUGCCGCUGGGGCUUCCAUUCUGGUCAGGUAGCUACAGGUGUUGUAGGUAUGACUGCUCCAAGAUAUUGUCUGUUUGGUGAUACGGUUAACACGGCAAGUAGAAUGGAGAGCACUGCAAUGCCAGACUUGAUUCAAAUUAGUCAGCAAUCACAGACAAUAUUGUCUACAACUUACCCUAUGUUCAUCACUAGCAAGAGGGGAGAGGUGGAGAUUAAGGUAGGGAUAAGUGUUGUUUUUGGAUUGAAAUAAGUGAAAAGUGUUGUGUUUGGUGUCAAUUUGUACCGUGAUCUAUAACUAUAGUUUAUGUUACGUCAUUAGGAUGUAUGAGGGGCUUUCUCGUUUAAAUUCAGCAAAAUAUCGAGUAUAAUAUCAAAGUUUUACCUAAAUAACAUCAGAAUUUAGAUGAAUUUUUCGUUGUAAACAAGGUUUUUGCAUUUUUGUUUAAACUUUAUAGUCUUUAUUAGUUAGUAAAGACUCUUGGGUAAUAUUGUAUUAAAAAAUAUAACUAAAACUUUUCAUUUAUAAAAAUUGCAGGGCAAAGGACUGUGCACGACUUACUGGUUGGAUCGGCGCAGCGAUGAGUAUUAA